AUCCCGCUUCUGGACUAGCGGUGUCGGCCUGCACCUACGUAAUUCAUCCCCCACCAAAAAAUUUACGCAGGUCUCUCCUUUGCGAAAAGCCACCUCCCAAAGUGCAAAGGGACCCCAAAGGGACCCUAAGCCCACUAUGUCUCAGGUUGCAUUAGACGAAGAUUCGAUUGACGACAUCCUGUACCUUGCCCGCGUAAAUGAGACCUCGGAGCUUGACUCCUUCCUUGCGGAACUCUCCACCAAGACAAAGCAGCCGAAAGCUGAAAUAGCAGCCGCAGCGCUUGAUCUGUACUCGAAGAAUAGCGCCCUGCAUUAUGCUGCAGCGAACGGACAUAUAGAUGUUAUCAAGCUUUUACUUUCUUACAACGUCGACAAGGUUACGACAUCUGCACCCAGUCUUAUCAAUGCGGUGAAUGAUGCGGGGAAUACAGCUCUCCACUGGGCGGCGCUUAACGGGCAUCUGGAAAGCGUUAAGCUGCUGAUUCAACGGGGGGCCGACGUCACCAUCAUCAAUAGGGUAGGGCACGAUGCAGUGUUCGAGGCUGAGAUAAACGACAAGAAGGAGGUGGUGGAGUGGUUGCUUGGGGCCGUAGAAGGAUUGGAGAAAGCGAUUGGACAAGCGGGAGCUGCUUCUGGGGACUCCGAUGCGGACGACGGCAUGGAUGUGGAACACGAGGCGGACAAUAGCAAUCCCAACAGCACGGACGAGCAAAGAGCAGCCGGCGUCGAAGAAGGCAAAAGGAAGGGAUGAACACCAGCGACGGGUGCUCGCAGGCUUGAUGAACGAAAGAGGGACGACCGAUAUUAAGCUAUAUUUGCUGACACUCCUCGUGUUACUGUCCCGUAAGGAACUUCAGAUGAGCCAGCCGUCAGAUUAAAGGAGCAACAAUUGACACCCUGGAUGACGGCACCCAUGGCCACGUGGCAGACAGAGGACAUGAUGCACCGAAGAUUCUAUAUCCGUGCACGGAGAAACAGAAAGAUAGUGUACCCUCCUUGUCGAUUGGGACUAGGCAGAAAAUCUCCAGGCAGAAAAUCUCCGGGCAGAUCUCCUGAUAGGCCAUCGGACAUUGUAAAAUGGAUAUCAAAGACAGCAUACAUGAUCCUUUGGCGAUGAUCCUCGUCUUGCGAAACCCCGCUUCAACAAUACGCCAGUUUUGAC